UUGCAAAACCAAAAAGGAUAGGACGGCUUAAGCUUACCCUAUAUAAUCACCAGCAGUCAUUUCUACACAAGUGAACCAAAAAUCCAAAAGCAAUCUAAAGAAAAGGAACAUAUAAUACUUAGAGAGGCAGGUUGGAAAUCAAAGCAUCACAAAAAUGCUAUCUGGGGCUAAUACUACUUCUUGCUUCCAAAAUGUCCCACUGCAGAUCUAUUCUGUGAAUGAAGAAGAUGUUGUUUCAGCCUCCUCUCUUGAAGGAAACUCGGCCUCAGAACCUCAUCCAAACUCUUUCCUCUAUAACUUUUCAGUUCUCAAGGACAAGGUUCAUCAGGUACAAUCUUUGGUUAGCAUCCUUAUCAGCACGGAUCAUAGCCAACCUGAACCAGCAACAUCUUUUGCUGUGGCCAGCAUGAGUACUGUGAUUCAAGAAAUUAUCUCGUCCGCGACUUCAAUGAUGUUCAUUUGCCAACAAAUGGGGCUUGGUCCUACUGCAGCUGGUAGCACUAGCACCGAUGAAUUGCACCAUGGCCAUCAAGGCCAGCGUCAUCAAACUCGGUUUUCUCAACCAAACUUUGGUGGCAAUCGUGCUGGUAACAUAGGCCAAGAAAGAGGGCAAGGUUUCUUUUCUAGUGAAACCCUUGCUGAUUGCUGGUAUGGUGGUGAAACCUUUAAUAAUUAUGGUACUAGUAAGGAUGAAACUCGAAGUGGUGCUGUUGGCAACAACGUUAAUAGGGUCGAAAGGAGAGAUCAAGUGGCUCAAGGGGGUGAUACUAGUGAAGCGAUAUUAGAAAGGAUUACAUCAAAGGAUUAUGAUAUCAUUGAAUUAGAUGCUGCAGAUUUGUUGGCUAAGUACACACAUUAUUGCCAAGUUUGUGGGAAAGGGUUCAAGCGUGACGCGAAUUUGAGAAUGCACAUGAGGGCUCAUGGAGAUGAAUACAAGACUAGUGCCGCUCUAAGCAACCCCAUGAAGAAUAAUAAUGGAGGCGCCUCAGGUAAUCGAGACGGUUUGCUGAAAUUGCCUAGGAAAUAUUCGUGUCCACAAGAAGGGUGUAGGUGGAAUCGAAAGCAUGCCAAGUUUCAGCCUCUGAAAUCCAUGAUUUGUGUGAAGAAUCACUACAAGAGGAGCCAUUGUCCUAAGAUGUAUGUUUGCAAGCGUUGCAAUCAGAAGCAAUUCUCAGUGCUUUCUGAUUUGAGGACACAUGAGAAGCACUGUGGGGAUCAGAAGUGGCAAUGCUCAUGCGGUACCACAUUUUCUAGGAAAGACAAGCUUAUGGGCCACGUUGCUUUGUUUAUUGGGCACACCCCAGCUACAAUCUCUCUGUCAAAGCUAGCAAAAGUUGAGCAACAAACGUUGCAAAUGCAAAUUGAUGAUAGGCACAGAUGAUCAUGUGGUAAAUCAUCAAGAGCUGUUUUUCUCUAAAUCUUGUUAUUUUCUAUAUAGAAAAUAAUGUACUAAUACGUUUUAAUUUUAAUUAAUGUACUAGUAUAAAGCCUAGACUAGAUAUACCUAGUUGCUGCGGACGAAUACAACAUGAAGUAACUUGCUUCAUAUAGUUCAUAUAUAUAUUUUAUAUAUUAUGGUUGUAUUAA